AUGGCUCGCACAGAGCCAGAGCCCAUUCACCUCGAAGGCACUACGCUGGAAGGCGGUGGUCAACUCCUACGUGUCGCCCUGGGCCUCUCCAGCCUCAUCAAGAAACCUAUCCACAUCACCAACAUACGAGGCAAGCGCUCUAGCGGUGGUGGUCUUAAGGUCCAACAUCUCACAUCGAUGCUAUGGCUCGGCCGAGCCAGCAAUGCGCAAAUUAGUGGUGCAGGCCUAAAGAGCAAAGAGAUCACAUUUAGACCGCACACAUUACCAUCAAUCAACCCCGAUCUCCUAGCGGGCCAUGUUUCAAUCAGCCAAAACACACCAGGAGGCAUCACCCUCGUGCUCCAGGCCGUUCUACCAUACAUACUCUUCUCCGGCGCACAGGCCGCCAACUCGCCAUCACUAGACUAUGUCUUGCAAGUCCUGAUCCCAAUGCUCUCCCUCAUCGGUGUCCCUCACAUAUCCUCAACCCUCCAUUCCCGCGGCUGGUCUCAGAGGCGCACCCGUCUAGGCAGCACCACAUUCAGCAUCACUCCGCUCACCAGCGCACUCCCCGCCUUCCAUCUUCAGGACCGGGGCGCAAUAAACAGCAAACAUGCGACCAUCAUAGCUCCGCUUGGAAGCGAGCACGGUUUCCGCGACAACUUGGACCUGAUGUUGGAAAAGCGCCGUGCCCACUUCUUCGGCACGCAGAGCCCAGAUAUAACCAUCUCAGUGCGCGCGGGCAAAACAACACGCAUCGUCCCGCACAUGGUGCGCAAAGUAUCCGACGACUUGCUCCCCGAGAUCGCGCAUGGCGGGUGUGUUGACGAGUGGAUGGCGGACCAGUUAGUCGUUUACCAGGCGCUUGCUCACGGCUCGAAUCGGGUUCAUCGUGGCGAGGCGAAAUCGAGUCUGCAUGUGCAGACGGUGAUGUGGGUUGCUGAGAGAGUCGCUGGGACGAGAUUCGAUGCAUAG